AUGGCGACGGCGCUGUUGCUGCACGCGUUCUACGCGUCGUGCAUUGCGGACGACUCACCACAGAUUCGAUCCAUGUGGCUCAAGCGACUACAAAUCAUCUCGCCGCCACAUGCAGCGGACCUCCAGCUGCUGAUACAUGCCGUGGAUGUGCGGCAAUUGCGUCCAGAAUUAGCUUCGUGGAACAUACACCACGAACGGUGGGGCUGCUUUCGCGAGCUCGUAUCGUUCCUUCGUGAUGUCCCAAAAGAAGGCCUUCGGUACAUGACGAUUCAGCCAUUGCAUUUGCAAACCCUCCUCGGCCAAGCUAUGGCCUUUCAAGAGAUAAGCGCCACUGGACGUCCAUUCGCAGAAGCUAGCGACACUUCACUUGCGCUGGUGGAAUCGACGAACGGCGAAAUGCCAGCAUGGGACUGCUUCAACUCGAGCUGGUCUAGCCUGCAUCGGCGCUUUACACCUGCAUCAUUGUACUUGGACGGCGAAUCCAGGCGUGGCAUACGACGAGUCAGUCACGUCACUCCAAUGCCAAGAAGCUCGCUUCCAUCGCGGCAGACGCCACCUUGGCCCACAACGACCGUGAGCGAUGACUUGACUCUGCCUGUGCUGUCGCAGCCCGUUCCGGUCCUCCAGGACUUCAGCUGCCAAACCGAUCCUGCAAGCAUAUGCCACCGAGCCAGCCAAACCAAGACGACGUUGGUUUCCACGAUAGCAACUACUCAAACGGACACUCCUCCUGCGGUACACCACCAGUUUGUCCAAGCUAGUCUUCAUGUCGACAGCCAACACAGCCAAACCCAAACGACGAUGCUUCCAACUCGCCACACCCCCACCCAGACAAUUGCCACAGCGAACGAGUCGUCAUCGACCCAAACCAUUCCCACGAGUGCAACGCAUAUCGCUUGCCAAACGGUGGAGAGCAUGCCUGUAGCGAGGUGGGAUACGACCAAGAGGGCAGCAACCAGCGACAACGCUCCGAACAAUCAAGCUGAGGGCCGGCCGAUGUUGAAAAAUGAACAAGCCGAGUCGAGCUGCUGCCUCGAAGAGCCGGAAGAGAGCGUUGACGGCGAUAAAGUGGAGGUUGGGUCGAACAGAGGCGACGACAAUCUCAAUACAACUUUGCGGGCGCAAGCGCCGCCAGUGGAUGUCCCCAGUUCUCAGUGGGAGACCAUUGCGAUCGGGCAGGGGGCGCCUCCGUCGAGCCCCGCCGCCCCUUCACGAAAUGACAUGAUUCGGUUGUCCGAGGCGUGGAGCCAGAUAGACGCCGUCCCGUCAAGGCCGCUCCAAGUCCAGCCAUGCGCAAAACCUCCUCGCGAUGUCGAAAGCGCGUCUCCUGCUAUGAUUUUAUUGACGCAGGCUGUGGUGACCAGCCAAAAUUCGCGUUUGAGUUUCCGACAUGAAUCGAGGCCAAACGCGUGGAUGGGCGAGUCGUCAUUGGUAAAAUCCGACCAGGCCCAACUGACACCACCACAAGGGCCACCACGACCGCAGCCGCGCCAGCCACUCCGUGUCGGCGCGACCAUGGCAUUCGCACAAGAGGAACGUGCUGCUAUAUUAAGAGCGACUGUCAUUGCCGAGUCGCGGGAGUCCCAGGCGAUUCGCGCGAUGUCCAUCAGCCACAGCGGCAAGUACAUUGCGAUGGGAACGAAUGCCCGUGUGCUUCGCGUGCUCAAUAUUCACGAUGCGAUCGGCAAAGCAGCUAGCGGACUUCCGUUGGCAACUCGGCAACUUUUGCCCGUCGUCAGCGAGCACUACAAGCACCACAGCGGCCCGAUCUACUGCCUAGCGUGGCAUCCACGGGACGUGGUGGUUGCGUCGGUAGGGUCAAGCGACGGCUCCAUUCAUCUCGCCAAGCCGUUUGCGCUGGACGCUGCACCUGUCGGCUUGUCGGGCCACCCAGGCAAAGUUCGCGCCGUGCAGUUUUGUCCACAGAAUGGACACAUCGUCGGGUCUGUUGGGUCAGGGGAUGCGCUCGUGCGUAUUUGGGAUGCGCACGCGGUCCAAGCGGCACCGAUCAUGCAGAUGCAUGGCCACGUCGGGGAGCUCACUUCAUUCGAGUUUGCGAGAGCAGGGGACGUUUGUGUCACGGGGUCCCAGGAUCGCACGGUGCGGUUGUGGGACCUUCGAAGCGAGGCGAGUCAAAGCAUUCUGCAGGGGACAUCGCCAGUCCAAGCCGUCACGUGCCAUCCCCGCCAAGCCGACUGGAUCGCGUCGGGGCAUAGUGACGGGUCGUGCUUGGUUUGGGAUCGGCGACAUGCUGCCUCCCCACUGGCUACGAUGCGCCACCACGGCAAGGAGUGCCGGGUCGUGGCAUGGCAGGGCCCUUCCUCCAACGACAGCUUUCUCUUGACCGGGUCGUUUGAUGGCACAACGUGUGUGGUCACCGACAAAUGGACAGUGCUCGGGACGUUCCAAGAAAACGACGACAUGAUUUUGCAAGGCCAGUGGCAUCCAUCCGUUCCCGCGUUUGCAACGUCGGGUGGCGACAAAGCAUUGAAGCUGUGGAAGUUGUCUUAA